ACUUGAACGACGGCGGUUCGACUGUGAACCGGAGAAGUUCGAAUUUCCCGCGAUGGCGGAGUAAUACAAAAUUCGCAGUGGCUCGAGCACGUGAUCAACGUCGUCGUCGUCUGUCGCUUCUGCCUUCUGCUCGCUCCGCCGCGUACGUACUACGUCAGGCGGCGAGACGUUUACGCCCUUAAAUUUUCCUCGUUAUCAAAGUCUGAACGUGCUGUCCGCUACUCGUAGCUGGCACCGGUGCCUAACAUCGCCGUCAGUUUCCACAGCCUCGCCGAAUCGCAGGGCUACGGUGCUAAUUUCGGCCCAGGGGACUCGCAAGAUUCGGAUACCGUCGCCUAUUCGUAUAAACCGUCGGACAAGACACCAGGAUGGCCGGAAGGUACACCACCUACAACACCGGCGGAUCCAACAUGUCGAGUGGCUUUGAAAACUACCAGAAUGCGUCCCAGAACAUCGGGACAAACAUUCAGAAGAUGACGCAGAACGUGGUGUCCAUGAACAAGAUGGUCCAGCAGCUUGGGACGUCGCAGGACUCUGGAACUCUGAGAGCACAGCUGCUGCAGAUCCAGCAGUACACGCAGCAGCUGGCCAAGGACACAAACCGGCAGCUGCGGGAGCUGGUGGCCCCCAAGCUGGUGAAGGACAAGCUGACCAACGAGUUCUCGGAGGCCCUGCGCAACUUCCAGCUGGUGCAGAGGGCGGAGGCCGACAAGGAGAAGGACUCAGUCAAGCGGGCCAGGGCCGCCUCGGGACUCGCAUUGGAGCCCCAGCAGCAGCCGGGCCGGCGGGGCAACCUGAUAGAGCUGGCGUCCCCCCAGCAGCCCGAGCCUCCGCAGCAGCAGCAGCAGAGCUACGCCAUGAUGGACGAGCAAGUGAACCUGGAGAUGCUGCGCGAGCGGGAGCAGGCCAUCAGCAAGCUCGAGUCGGACAUCCAGGACGUCAACUCCAUCUUCAAGGACCUGGCCACCAUGGUGCACGAUCAGGGAGACAUGAUCGAUAGCAUCGAGGCCAACGUGGAGAGUGCGGCGGUGCACGUGGAUGAAGGGGUCCAGCAGGUGGCCAAGGCAAGGCAGCACCAGGAAAAAGCGCGCAAGAAGAUGUUCUGCUUGCUCAUCAUCGCGGCCAUUGUGCUUGCGACGCUGAUCACCAUCAUUGUGGUCUCCACCAGAUAACCGACUGGCCCAAACACUUCGCCGAUCCCAUACGAAGACAGAGCGGUGGCAGAGGAAAGGGGCGGCCUUGUUCCGACUUAUUUAUGAAGCCCCUAGGUUACACCCGCGCCCCAACAGGGCGAGAGUCUACCUUUCUUCGUGGUGCCACCGUCCUAACAUUCCGUUAAGCGGACGCAAAGGCCUCAAGUUUCUGCAAACGUCUGGUCAGAUGGUCUAUAUGGGUGGGUAGCCAAAAACGACGCUUCCAAGUUGCCAUCCCUCGUUACGGACCCAGAUAAUGUUUAACCGCUGCGGGGGCGCUCCGUCGUUCGCUCGAUAUAUGUUUAAUAAAAUGCCGUGUAAAUAGAGACUGUGACUGUCCCACAGUAACAGUGGAAGAACUGUGCAGGUACCGACGUUGGCAGCUGGAAUACAAAUAAAACGAGUGUGUGCGGA